UCUGUGUUGUAUCAGGUGGAUCCAGACACUGGUCUCAUCAACUACGACCGACUGGAGGAGAACGCCCGGCUGUUCCACCCUAGACUGAUCAUCGCAGGUACCAGCUGUUAUUCCCGUAACCUCGACUACGCUCGGCUGCGUCGUAUCGCCGAUGAGAACGGAGCUUUCCUAUUGGCCGACAUGGCACACAUCAGCGGACUGGUGGCGGCCGGGGUCGUCCCGUCUCCGUUCGAGUACUGUGACGUGGUCUCCACGACAACCCACAAGACGCUGCGGGGCUGUCGCUCCGGGGUCAUCUUCUACAGAAAGGGAAUACGUAGUGUGGACCCUAAGGGAAAGGAGACUCUGUAUAAUCUGGAGUCUCUCAUCAACCAGGCAGUGUUCCCAGGACUACAGGGAGGACCCCACAACCACGCCAUCGCAGGUGUGGCCGUGGCCCUGAAGCAGGCUCUGACCCCAGAGUUCAAGGCGUAUCAGUACCAGGUGCUCUCUAACUGCAGAGCGAUGGCCCCAGUUUAAGGGUUAAUGUUUCUCUAGGUGUGGCCGUGGCCCUGAAGCAGGCUCUGACCCCAGAGUUCAAGGCGUAUCGGUACCAGGUGCUCUCUAACUGCAGAGCUAUGGCCCCAGAGUUUAAGGGUUAAUGUUUCUCUAGGUGUGGCGGUGGCCCUGAAGCAGGCUCUGACCCCAGAGUUCAAGGCGUAUCAGUACCAGGUGCUCUCUAACUGCAGAGCGAUGGCCCCAGAGUUUAAGGGUUAAUGUUUCUCUAGGUGUGGCCGUGGCCCUGAAGCAGGCUCUGACCCCAGAGUUCAAGGCGUAUCGGUACCAGGUGCUCUCUAACUGCAGAGCUAUGGCCCCAGAGUUUAAGGGUUAAUGUUUCUCUAGGUGUGGCGGUGGCCCUGAAGCAGGCUCUGACCCCAGAGUUCAAGACGUAUCAGUACCAGGUGCUCUCUAACUGCAGAGCUAUGGCCCCAGUUUAAGGGUUAAUGUUUAUCUAGGUGUGGCGGUGGCCCUGAAGCAGGCUCUGACCCCAGAUUUCAAGGCGUAUCAGUACCAGGUGCUCUCUAACUGCAGAGCGAUGGCCCCAGAGUUUAAGGGUUAAUGUUUCUCUAGGUGUGGCCGUGGCCCUGAAGCAGGCUCUGACCCCAGAGUUCAAGGCGUAUCAGUACCAGGUGCUCUCUAACUGCAGAGCGAUGGCCCCAGAGUUUAAGGGUUAAUGUUUCUCUAGGUGUGGCCGUGGCCCUGAAGCAGGCUCUGACCCCAGAGUUCAAGGCGUAUCAGUACCAGGUGCUCUCUAACUGCAGAGCUAUGGCCCCAGAGUUUAAGGGUUAAUGUUUCUCUAGGUGUGGCGGUGGCCCUGAAGCAGGCUCUGACCCCAGAGUUCAAGGCGUAUCAGUACCAGGUGCUCUCUAACUGCAGAGCUAUGGCCCCAGAGUUUAAGGGUUAAUGUUUCUCUAGGUGUGGCCGUGGCCCUGAAGCAGGCUCUGACCCCAGAGUUCAAGGCGUAUCAGUACCAGGUGCUCUCUAACUGCAGAGCUAUGGCCCCAGUUUAAGGGUUAAUGUUUCUCUAGGUGUGGCGGUGGCCCUGAAGCAGGCUCUGACCCCAGAGUUCAAGACGUAUCAGUACCAGGUGCUCUCUAACUGCAGAGCUAUGGCCCCAGUUUAAGGGUUAAUGUUUAUCUAGGUGUGGCGGUGGCCCUGAAGCAGGCUCUGACCCCAGAGUUUAAGGGUUAAUGUUUCUCCAGGUGGAGCAGGCUCUGACCCCAGAGUUUAAGGGUUAGGGUGUUAAUGUGUAUGAAUGUUUCUCUAGGUGUGGCGGUGGCCCUGAAGCAGGCUCUGACCCCAGAUUUCAAGGCGUAUCAGUACCAGGUGCUCUCUAACUGCAGAGCGAUGGCCCCAGUUUAAGGGUUAAUGUUUCUCUAGGUGUGGCCGUGGCCCUGAAGCAGGCUCUGACCCCAGAGUUCAAGGCGUAUCAGUACCAGGUGCUCUCUAACUGCAGAGCGAUGGCCCCAGUUUAAGGGUUAAUGUUUCUCUAGGUGUGGCCGUGGCCCUGAAGCAGGCUCUGACCCCAGAGUUCAAGGC